UUAUAUAAAAUUAAAAAUUUAUACAAAUUUUGGAGGUUGUAUAAAAAAUUAUUAUCAAAUGAAUAUAUAUUAUUUUAUAAAUCGAGCACGUAUCUAAAUUAUUAAAAUAAAAAUUAAUGUAAUAAAAUCUAAGCUCUGAUUGGAAAAACAAUUUGUUUUGUACUAUUCAUAGAGAAGAGUGUGUGGGAUUUUGUUGUCUUAAUAAAAAUUGUUCUGAAAAUAGAUUGUGUUGUUAGAAAUGUUUAUAAUAAUAUCAUUAAUAUCACACUAAUGAAAUAAUUAUACUUGAUGCCUUGGAAGAAUUCAUUUCAAACUCUUCAAAAAAUGUAAAAUAAGUGAUAGCAACUUCAAAAAAUAGAUUUGAAUGUGUAAAAGAGUCGAUUGAUUCUCUCAUCUAUAAACUAGAAAAUAAAAUAUAUGGUUUAGAAUCAAGUAUCUAAAAAUUGAACACAAGCUAACUCGAGGAACUUAUUAAAUACUCUUUUUAAUAUGAGGAACUUGAACAGAUUUUAAAGUCUUCAUUUGAUGAAUUAACAAAUCAUAUUUAAAAAACACUUGAAGGAAUUUAUUUGAAUUACUCCCUACAUGAUAGAAUACAACUUGAUGAAUAAAUAAUCGUUGAAUUAGGAGAUGACUUAUUAAAAUAAAAAGAUUAUUUUAGAGCCAAAGAGUAUUUUGAAUAAUGCAUCUAAAUUAAUCCUAAAAAUAGUACAGCACUUUUAGGAAUAGGUAUUUUAUUCUAAAAAGUUAGCUAAUUGCUUAAGAGAAAAUAAGAAAUACAAGGAAGCAGAAUAAUAUUAUACAAAAGUAAAAUUGUUGGAUGAAAGUAACAUCAAUAUAUUCUGUGGUCUUGGUAAUUAAAUUAAUAAAUUAAAGGUGAAUGUUUAAGAUAACAAAUGUAAAUUGAAAAAGCUUUAAUUCAAUUCGAUGAAGCUUUAAGAAUAGAUCCAAGCUUUUCUUAAGCAGCAUUUUAUAAAGGUUCAAUAAAAUUAAUAUAUAAAGGGGUUCUUCUCAUUUAUUAAGGAAUUUGGAGAGUAUUAUAAAAUGGAGAAAAUGAGGAAUUAGUAAAAGAAGAAAUCUUUACAUAUUUUAAAAAUAUUACUUUGAAUGAUAAUGAUACUUAUGUAAGAUUAUUCAAAUGUAUAUAUAUAUCUAUAAUAUUUUUUUAGCUUUGUUUCUAAGUUUAGAUGGUUAUCCAGAGGAUGCUGAGUAGAUAAUUGAAGAAGUUGUAAAAAUAACACCAAAUAAUUAUGAGGGUCUAUUAAUAAAAAGUUAUUAUUUUAGUAAAAGAUAGGUUUCAUGCUAUUUGGUAAGCAAUAAUUUGGCUUAGCUUUAUAAUUACUUGGAUAGAUAAAGAUAUAAGAUUUAUUCGUAGCAUUUUUUAAGAGUAAACAUUUUAAUUCAAUUAGGUUUAUGCUUAUUUAAUUUAGAAUAAUACAAUGAGGCAAUUAAAUUUUUAGAUUCUAUUUUAGAAAGUAAUUCUAACAAUUAGAAUGUAUAUUUAUUUAAAGGUAUGAAUUUUAAUUAAAAAAGGUUAAUGCUUAUUGAAACUUAAAAAACCUAAAGAAGCUUUACAAAUAUUUUAUUCUAUUCUGGAAAUAAAUCCUAAACACAAAGACGCUUUGGAAUGCAAAGGUAUAAAAAGCUUUAAUUUUUUUAAGAUUAAUGCUUAGAAGCGAUCGAGUAAGAAAAGGAAGCUAUAUCAGAUUUAGAGUAUUUAUUUUAUACAUUAUAGAUUAAAAAUUUGAUGAAGAAUUUAUUAAAAUACAUAUUUAAAUUAGAUAUUCAUUAUUUUUCAAUUAUCUAUAAAACUUGUUUAUUUUCAACAUCUGUUUAUUAAUUCUAAUAAUGA